AAGCAAGAAUUAAAGAGUAAAAAAGCUACUCUCUUUUCGUCUCUUUCUUUUCUGUUUCUUUCUCUUUCUUCCAAUCACCUGGUAACCAUAAUGAUCAGCAUAUGAUUGGAAAUAUUUGUUUUCCUUUUUUUCCCACCUUCUUUUACUUGUUUCUCUCUCAUCUUUAAAUUUUUUUUUAUUAUUUUCCUCUUUUGACAUUAAUUAUUGAUUCUUCAUCAUCGUCAUCACCCUUGACCAUCAUCACCUUCUUCGCAUUUAUCACAAAUUCAUUUGCUUUUUUACAGUUUACUUUUAAAACGCCCCAUCAGUUAGAGAUGCAAUACCCAGAGAAUCAGUCAAUUCCUAUUGACAUAUUGGAUGAUUUAAGUAGUGACUUUUUUUUAUCUCUUUGUCUCUUUGUCUCUCUCUCUUCCUCCCAAUCUUCACUUUCUCCCUCUCUGAAUCUUUCCUAGUCGAUUCAUAAUUAACUUACCUCAACAUGAGCGGGAAAAUAUUAUCCGGGUGAUGUUCCAAAUUGAACAAGCCCAUUGGUUUUACAUUGAUUUUCUUUCUGUACAACGACCUAGUUUACCGAAGCUACAAUUACGAGUAUUUGCACGAAUAAUGUUCAAUCAUGUACCUUUUUUGAAAAUUUUUCUCAAAGAAUUUGAAAAUUAUUUUAAACAAUGGAAAGAAUAUAAGUCAAAUGUUCCCACUUAUGGAGCUAUUCUUUUAGAUGAUAUCAUGGAACAUGUUUUAAUGGUACAAGGAUUUUGUUCACAGUCAAGUUGGGGCUUCCCGAAGGGUAAAGUAAAUGCUGAAGAAGAUCCUGUUCUUUGUGCCUGUCGUGAAGUUAAAGAGGAAACUGGAUUUGAUUGUAGUCGCCUGAUUAAGUCUGAAGAUUAUAUUGAGCUAAAAAUAAGGGAUACCAAUGUGAGAUUAUAUAUUGUUCCCGGUGUUGCUAAAUCAGAAAAAUUUGUUACCCAAACUCGAGGUGAAAUUAAAGACAUCAAAUGGUUUCCAUUGAGUAAACUUCCAACCAAUAAAAGUGAAAAAGAUCUCAAUGCCAACUUAUUCUUUAUGGCAAUUCCAUUUAUAAAACAUUUGAAAAGAUGGAUUAUCGAUAAAAGGAAACUGCGUCAAGAGGAAGGACGACAAAUUUUAAACGUUUCACGACAACAACAUUCACAAUCAAGCAUAACCAAAUUCUGGUCUAAAUCUUGGAAUGAAUUUACCAUAGACUGGAAUUCAAUAUGGGGCUCAAUUCUUGGCGAUUCAACCGGUAAACAGGGAAACGGAUAACAAACGAAACGGUUUACAACGAUUUUUAAAGUUGUAUUAUUAUUGACUCAUGCGGCCUGAACACUUUUUUUUUGGACCAAAAUCAACAUCUACACACCACUAACACCAUAGAUUUUCCAUCCUUUUUCAUCCUCAUCCUCAUUCAACGAACUUAAAUUAGGAUCUUUAUUUUUUUCUCCUCUCAUUUUUUUCCCCACUCCAACAAUCUAAAUCUUUAUUCCAUCUUUUAUUACUUUAAGAAAAGCGAAAUCAAAUCAACCAAUAGAAAAGAAAAACAAUGUCAAGUGGCCAUGUGACUAAUUUCACUGAUUAAUUGACAUUUUUUAAAUUGUUCCAAUUGAAUUUUGAAAGUAAAUUGAACCAUUGACCGAUCGGCAACUAGUAUCUCGUUUUACUAGCCUAUUACAAAACAUAAUAGCCGAUAGAUCUCAAUUUCUGGUCAAUGUGAAUUUUAGCCCAAAAUUGUAUCACUUUUUUACUUGCAUCAUUAAAUGGGGACAUCUAAAAGUAUCAAA